AUGUCUGGCCCGGAGCUAGGUCUUGCUAUCUUCGCUACUGUUGACAUCUGCUUGCGGUAUGUUCCAAGGUUCCAGACCUAUACCAUACGUUCUCCUUCACUGAUAUUUUUUCUUCUUUUCUUUUCCCACAUUAGACACGUAAAAUUCAUCGUGGAGAAAUACCAUACCUUGAAGAAUGCGCGGACUGAGAUUGAAGAACGGACACUUCUUGUUGAAGCUACAUGGCUCAAAACCUCGCAACAGCUGGCAUUUCUGCGACGUGUCUGGGGAAGUCUCAGCGUAGGCCACCAAGAGCUACAGGAACGUAUCAUAAGAGUUCUAGAAAGAAAGCUUGAUGCCGUCGUCCAGCAAAUAAGCAAACUUGAGAAGCACUCUAAUCAGGACUCCAGUGCUACUUUGAGAGCAAGGCAAGCGGGAAAAUAUGCCUUAUGGGGGUUGAAGGAAUCGUUCGAAAAUGCCCUUCGAGACCUCCAAGCAUGGCAAUCGGAAUUUGACCUGUCAUGGCUCUGGGUAUUACAUAUAGCCGAUCGUGUCAUUGACAUCGAGUUGGCACGCCCAGGAGCUGAUCAACUAUCUGCUGCGAAAAAGGUCCGGCAUGUGUUGCAAAUGGGCCCCGCACAGGCAACUGGUGUUUUUCUUGAAGGGAACAAGCUUCAGUCAGCCAGACGUUCGGAUAUUCCUGAUUCGACCUUUCAACUUGUGGAACUCGCAGACUCUAAGAGGUUUAUAUUGGACUCUGCAGAUAUCCCUGUCGGGAAAGAUCCUUCCAUUUUUCGCAAAGACAUUCGAUACUUGGCUGCAAAGCUCCAACAGUCUGCUGCGGACUCAUUCCCUCUUCUCAAAUGCCAUGGCGUCGUUCCCAAGAAAGACUCUAGGACAACGGAGACCCUUUCAUAUGAUUUCAUUUUCAAACUGCCCAAGGGGGGUUCUGAACCCCGGAGUCUUCGAAGCCAUCUGCUUUCCCAAAAAAUUUAUUCUCUCGGUGAAAGAAUCCACCUUGCUAAGCAACUUGCUAUGUCGACAAACUACAUUCAUGUACUCGACAUUGUUCACAAGAACAUUCGCCCAGAAAGCGUCUUGAUCUUCAAAGACAACGAGCAACGAUCGAAACUUGGCCGAUCGUUUCUGUUAGGCUUCAAGAAGUUUCGAAUGGCUGACGGCAGAACGAAUCUUGCAGGUAACUCCGCCUGGGAUGAGGAGUUAUAUCGACACCCUGAUCGACAGGGAAUCGAGCCUAGACGAGAAUACAUCAUGCAACAUGAUAUCUACAGCCUCGGGGUAUGCUUCCUUGAAAUUGGACUCUGGGAAUCAUUCGUGACUCCUGGGAAGCCUAACAAUUCCUUGGCUGAAAAUGGAAGUCUGAAGGACGGAUUCGUGAAAUUGGCCAAAGAGAAACUGCCGUCCAAAAUGGGCGAAAAGUACAUGAACGUUGUUGUCAACUGUCUGUCCUGUCUGGAUGCGACAAACAAAGAUUUCUGCAAUUCAGCCGAGUUCGAGGACAACGAUGGUAUUAUGCUUGGAUCCAAAUACAUUGAAAAGAUCCUUCUGAUGCUUAGUGAAAUAUCAGUUUGA